CUUGCCAUUAUCCCCCAGCACAAUAAUAUCAUCAUCCACACAAGAAUAUUACAAAAACACAAACACACGAAUCGGAUCUCCGAAAUUACACUGAAGUCAAACUCGCUAAGAAUCUCCGACAGCCAGUUCCAAACCAUGGCUCAGAAUCAACCAAUCUUUCAGAUCAAGCCAGAAGGUAAUGAACAUUUUGCGCAGAUUCCCGUCAGCAUCGAGCGUGAUUCAACCACACUCAUAAACUCAAACCGGAAACCAAACCAUUGGCCGACGAUUCUCCUCUCAACCAUCUGCGUCAUCAUAGGCCAAUCCAUAGCCAAACUCCUCGAAAACUUCUACUACGACAAAAUCAAUCGAAGCGAGUACAACGAACACCGCCAAAACGACGGCGUUUGGACUCAAGCUCUCCUCCAAACCGUCGGCUUCCCUCUCCUCCUCCUCCCGUUCAUCAUCCUCACCGCCAAGAAACACAACCAACCAUCUUCCGACCAGUUCCACUACAAAUCCUUAGCGGUAAUCUACAUCUGCAUGGGGAUCGUCAUGUCGGUUCAAGGAAGACUCUCCGCCAUGGGAAAGCUCGAGAUACCAUUCGGUAUCUUCACCCUCAUCUACACAACGCAGCUCUUCUUCACUCCGAUCUUCGCUCGCUUCGUCAAUAAAAUCAAGUUCAACAGAUGGGUCGUUAUCUCCUUGGUGUUGGCCAUCGUCACCGGAGCUCUCACGUUAUCCUCCUCAUUCGGCGGCGAGCCGGACGAAGCUGAGCUGAAUUACGCAAGAGGCUCAUGGGCUGCUCUGUUCGCCGCCGUAUGCUUCUCUCUCCUCCUCUGUAACAUCCAAAACGUCUUCGACAGCUACAUCUUCAAACGCACGGAAUCAACCACGAGAAAGCCAAGCUUCUCUUCCGUUUUCGAAGUCAUAAUCUUCUCCUCUUUAGUCGCAACUCUCAUCUCCAUGGUGGGACUUCUCAUCGCCGGAGAACAACACGAUUUGAAGAGGGAGAUGAAUGGUUUCCCGAAAGGGAAAGGUUCGUACGUGAUGGCUAUGGUGGGACAAGCGGUUUCGUGGCAGAUCUACUGGGUUGGGACUGUGGGACUUGUCUUCUCUGUUUCGAGCGUGUUGUCGAACGUGAUCAGCGUCGUUACGUGGCCGAUCGUGUCGGUGCUUGUUGUGAUCUUCUUUAACUACAUGGACGAUGAGUUGGAUGUUUUCAAAGGUGUCGCCUUGAUCACUGCCGUGUUAAGCGCCGCCGCUUAUUUCUUUAGGCUUCAUAAAGAGAAUCGUAAUAGUGCGUACUAAGUUUCUAUUUUUCCUUAAUUUUUUUUUGUUUUUUGGUCAAACUAUUUUUCCUUAAUUUUUGUGUCGUAUAUUAUAUUGUUUAACUAGGUGUUUUGCCAGCUCAUACGGACAUAAUCAUCUUACGAAUAAUUAUUUUAUGUCUUAUUAA